AUGCACCAGUCACGACUUAAGCAGGGGGCAUCGGAGUUCGUCGGGCUGGUGCAAUGCCGAGCCUCCGAUGGUGCACCUUUGGCGUUUUAUCCUAAGCGCCGAGCCAUUUAUAUCAUUCCAAGUGGCUUGCAUGCUCGCACAGCCACAGACUCCUCACAAUACGAUACUAGCGGCCGGAUCAGUCGCUCACUUCCGCUAGAAGUACCAAUCAACAUGGUGUCGCUGCAUGAAAUUGCGCCCUGCAUCGCGCAUAGGGCUCGUAACGACUUGCUGACCGAUAAGAGAGAUUCUACGCUUGAAGACGACAACGCAAACCUGAAAGUCGAAGUACCCCUCACUUUUCUCGGCACACAGUGUUUCUCGCUAAGCAUCAGCAAGCUUGGCUACGGCGACUUCGGGGAAAAAUUGGCCGCCAAGCCCGCUAGGCUGAUUAACACGCAGGGGCCAUCUGCGUUCCUCUUAUUUGUCGGUGUUGUAUGGCCGUAUACAUUCCUUUUUAUUCAGCGUGCCCCUACCAUUUCUCAUCUUACCGUGGUCAGGACACGAAGGAAGCUUGCAUGGAUAGGCCUAUACAUAUCUGGAGUAGAGGUCAGCAUCAGCAUUAUUAACCUCAUAGUCGAGUUCAGAAGGAAUAGAAGGGUUAGAAAUCGAAGUAGCAAUGCUCUAUUUUUCUGGGUUGUUUUGUUGAAACAAGGCCUAUGUGUGAAUACUCCGAAUGCAAGGUUCCAAGCCGCCGCAGGGCUGAACGCCACGGGAAUUAAAUUAUUAGAAUUAUUAUCGCUGGGAUCGGUAAUCGCUUCCAUCGGAAGUACGACCAAGGUGGCGGCCUUGCAUGAAUUUGUGCGCCACAGAAGCCACAAGGGUGACAACGAUUUCCAGCAUUAUGGCAACAGCGGUGCUGUAGGGAAGCGAUAUAGCGACAGCGACGAUGCGAGACGUUUAUACAGAAUUAUAGGAAAUAUCGACGUGAGUGUAGAGUUACGGUCUGAUAAAGUCAAAGUACCCCUCAUGUUUUCGUUCUUAACGGAGCGAACUAGGAAACGCGGUGGUGAUAUGAUUUUGCAUUUCGUUAUGUCUACAGCAUAUAUUAUAGCCUCGUUUAAUGUUUCGAGAGUGGUUAAAAGGAGUGUUUAUGAUCACGGCCCCGGUUACCUUAGCUCAAAACCGUUCGGCAAGGCAUGCUACCAGACUGUUGCAGGAUUAUUAACAGUAGGAUUCGAAGAAUUCCGAAAGUGUAAUGUCUGUCCAGGGACUCCGUCUUCGGGUUUAGCGCAGUCCCUGCGCUUAUCCAUAUCAGGCAUCGCUCCUUGCCCUCUCAACCCGCCGCUUUUGACGGCUUCGAACGGGCCGUACUACGGUCCGUACAAAGUGAACCGUAACGGUCACGUGUUCAGUACGAACGUACCAAGUUCGUGA